AUGGCUCCAGGGGAAAAGGAAAGGGAGGAGGGGCCAGCCAAGAGUGCCCUCCGGAAGGUACGCACAGCCACCCUGGUUAUCAGCUUGGCCCGAGGUUGGCAGCAGUGGGCCAAUGAGAACAGCAUCAGGCAGGCCCAGGAGCCCACAGGCUGGAUGCCAGGAGGGACCCAGAACCCACCCCAAGCUUCUGGACCAGUGAUCCAUCCCACCACCCACCGGAAAGCUCAGAGGGCCCCAAAGUCUUCCUCCCCAAAGCCAGAGGAACACGGAGAUGGACCAAGCUCAGAGGAAGCCACCGAGGUGUCUCAGAUCAGAAGGAAAGAGGUGACCAAAACAGUGGUCAGCAAGGCUUACGAGAGAGGAGGGGAUGUGGGCCACCUCAGCCACAGAUACGAGAAGGAUGGGGACACGCCUGAAGCUGGGCAGCCAGAGAGCGAAAUGGACAGAAUCCUCUGCGGCCAUGGCUCCCCGACGCGGAGGAGAAAAUGUGCCAGCCUGGUAUCUGAGCUCAUCGAAGGCUGGAAAGAGAUGGGACAGGAGGAACGGGAAGGGCCCAAGUGCAGGAGCAGCAGCGUAGACACAGAGGACAGCGGCUACGGAGGGGAGACGGAGGGGAGGCUGGAGCUGGAUGGAGAGCGGGUGGCCACUGCCAGAAUCAAACGCCCCUUGCCCUUCCAGGCAAACAGAGUCACAGAGAAACUCAACUGCAAAGCCCAGCAAAAAUACAGCCAAGUGGGCAACCUGACAGAAAGAUGGCAACACUGGGCUGAUGAACACAGACAAUCUCAGAAGCUGAAUCCUUUCAGUGAAGAGUUUGAUUAUGAGUUGGCCAUGUCCACCUGCCUGCACAAAGGAGAUGAAGGCUACGGCCGUCCCAAGGAAGGAACCAAAACUGCCGAAAGGGCCAAGAGAGCCGAGGAGCACAUCUACAGAGAAAUCACGGACAUGUGCUUCAUCAUCCGAACGAUGGCUCACCACAGACGGGACGGCAAGAUCCAGGUUACUUUUGGAGAUCUCUUUGACAGAUACAUUCGUAUUUCAGAUAAAGUGGUGGGCAUUCUCCUGCGUGCCAGGAAGCAUGGACUGGUUGACUUCGAAGGAGAGAUGUUAUGGCAAGGCCGGGAUGACCAUGUUGUGAUUACUCUACUGAGUGAACCUUCAACUGCACAAGCCAAACUUGACCCACUCUUGUCUUAA